GGUCUUUGUCCAUUAGUGGUUACAUCGUCACAUUGUGGUAAUGCAAAUCUGUGAAGACGGAGGCUCGAAUCCUUCCUGGGACAUGUUUUUUCCACUCGUUCACCACGGCUCUUCAUACUCAUUGGCCUGUUGCAACAGUUCGAUCAAACGAUUCACCAAAAGGCUGCAGAUGUUCCGUGCGCUACCGUGACUUCAGACGGCGAAUGUCAGAUCGUCAGUAGUUCCUUUGCCCAGUACAUGUACAGCACGCCUGUUGGUAAAGAACGGCUGGCGUAUCGCGUACGUUAUUGCUAUUGGCGGCCCAGUUGAUCGCCAGUAAUUUCGAUCUAGUCGAUCACUCCUCUACCUUGGCUCCAACGUUCGCAGCAUGCAGCUCUCUCUCACUCGCCUCUCCUUCAGCCAUUUACUAGUUGUUCUGUUCAGAGAAUUCAUUUGUAGAGUAACUUUCGAAUGUGCGUGACGUAUUGUUGGAUGACAGAGGUAUGUCUGUCCAAUGGCGACACAAGUUCUCACUCCUCAUCACAUGUUCCUACGCAAUGCUUCAUAAGACAAUCAGGUCGAAUAAUAUAUGAUACACCCCAAGGUCCUUGCUAGCCUGAGGUCCUUAGCAGGAUUUACUACGCGAGCCAUGUCCACCGCUGUCAAGGUUCCAAUAUCCGCCCUUCCACUACCGCCGUCUACACAUAUCCUCCCUCAGAACCUCACUCCAGAUCCGCAUACACCUUCGCCUACGGCAUUUCGCUCAAUUCAGAAGGAACGACCUAGUAUUCAACGCCGAGCUAGAUUGUUAGCUUCACCCGCACACUACAGCCAUGUCUCUCCUUGUCCGAUCGCGUUCCCGUUUAAGAUAGUUCCCGAGGAAGGCGAGACAGUUGAGGACCAAUCCGCGUUAGUGGAGAGAUGGCUUUCGCAAAGGGAAGCGUUGCAUGAGCGGCCGAAUGCACCUUCUCCAGUACAGAGUGUGUUGAAGAAGUACUAUCCAGAAGAAGGCAAGAGGGACCAGCAUCUCGAGCUGAUCGGUCUGUCGGAAACGGGAUUGCGGGAUUGUGUUCCCCAUCUGAACGUAGGCAACGCUUUCGAUAGCCUUGGAGGACCCACACUUGCUAGUGCCUUUGAAGACGAAGAUAGACGGCCCGCAUCGGUCGAGGACAUCGCCGUUCGUCAAGAACUCAUCGAGGUCUUGAGCGGACAUGCUACUUUAAUAAAUGUCGACGAGGGUUCUGAUAUAUCUUGGGCCCCAUGGUCCCUUCGGUACAGCGGUCAUCAAUUUGGUGUCUGGGCUGGCCAAUUAGGCGAUGGACGAGCUAUAUCCAUUCUCGCCACCCCUCAUCCAGACGAUGCAGAGCAGAUUGUUGAGCUCCAACUCAAAGGUGCUGGCCGUACCCCAUUCUCUCGAAGCGCAGACGGCCUCGCCGUCGUACGUUCUUCCAUUCGAGAAUUCCUCUGCGGUGAAGCAUUGCAUGCCCUCGGAAUACCCACAACCCGCUCCCUCUCACUCAUCUCUCUCCCUGCAACGCCCGUCAUCCGUGAAAGCACUGAAUCUGCGUGCGUCCUCACGCGAAUGGCUCCAUCUUUCAUCAGAAUAGGCAACUUUGAAGCUCUAAACCCGCCUGCAAAUAUGUACUUCUUUGGUGGUGGACAGCAGGAUGGUGACUGGGAUGCUUUGAGGGUGUUGGGUGAGUGGGUUGGGAGGAGAGUUCUGAAGCUGAAGAAUAUUAAGUGGAGGGGAGAAGAUGGAGCCGAAGACGGGAAUCCAUGGGGGAAGACGUUAGUGUUAGAAGUUGCCAGGAGAAAUGCGAAGAUGGUUGCGGGGUGGCAGGCGUACGGCUUUAUGCACGGAGUCAUCAAUACCGAUAAUGUUUCGAUCUUAGGCCUGACUAUUGACUAUGGUCCAUAUGCCUUCAUGGACGUAUUCGAUAAAUAUCACAUCUGUAAUCAUACUGACGGGGAGGGUAGGUACUCAUACCAGGCUCAACCAUCUAUGAUAGUUUACGCUUUGCGGUCGCUUUUGACCUCACUCGCACCUCUUAUCGGAGCAGAAGCCGAGCUCGGGAAGGCAGUCUCCCCGGGGUGGGCAGAUGAAGCGUCGAAAGAGAAGAUGGAUGAGUGGCGAAAGAAGGGUCUCGAGCUUGCUAAGGAAGAAAUGGAAAUACUUACUCAAGAGACUUGUGGUGUCGAGUAUGGUCGAUUGAUGCGGCGACGACUGGCACUACGCAGGACAGACAAAGACGACGAAAGUAGACUCAGUCGACCAAUGCUCAACAUCCUCUCAGACCAUAAACUAGAUUUCCACUCGACUUUCCGCCGUUUAGCUUACUUCCGUCCUAGCAUGGUCCAACCCUCCGAGAAGGAAGCCCUCGAAACCUUCAUUUCAAGUCUUCUUACACUUACACCAGACCCUGAGCGGUUGGAGCGUGGGCGGGCUGUGGAGGAUUGGAAGAAAUGGUUGAAUGUGUACGCCUCAAGAAUCGAAAGCGAGCGUGACGAGUGGACAAGGGCCAAUGGGGGGACAGAUGUUGACGCGGAACGAGAGAAAGCUACAAAAGCAGCUAAUCCUCGGUUCGUGUUGCGACAGUGGCUCUUGGAGGAAGUCAUCAAAGCUGUUGAAAGGGAUAGUGAUAGUGGAAAACGAAUUCUGAGGAAGGUCUUGCAGAUGGCCUGCAAUCCGUUCGAACCUUGGGGUGCAGAGGAUAUGCCUGAUGAUACGGAGCUAGACGUUGAGACGAAGGAGGAGAGAAGGUAUUGUGGGAUGGGCGAGAGGAGAAUGCUUGGGUUCCAGUGCAGUUGCUCAAGCUGAGAAGAUCACCCCGUGUGUACGAUCAUGUGUGGACAGGACCCCCGCUAGUUCCUAUAUAUGUCUCAUCCCUAAAUCGCCAGUUUGGGCCUGUUUCGGGCUGGGGAAUUUUGGCCGAUUUUGGCUGUUUCGGGCUUCCGGCAUGUAGGAUGCCCUAAGACGGUCGAUUUUCGGGCUGACCAGGCAUGUAAGAUACAUUUCUUCUACCGUACAUUGAAUGCAGAUACUAUUACACUAU